CUUUCUUUUGAAGAGAGAGGGAAUCGAGUGAAAACAAUGCUCCGAUCGGCAGAAAGCCAUUACUUGCCUCCUUUGAUCGUCAAUCACUGUGGCCACCUUUGCUUUUAACUUUUUAUUCUUUAUUUCUUUUUCAUAUCUCGCUCAGGUCUUCUUUCUCUCUCUUUUAUUCCUUUUUUUCUUACUCUUACUCUCCCUUGAUCACACUUAGUCACUCUUGAAACUGAUCUCGAUCUUCCAUCUCUGUUUAUGCGCCUCUGUUCUUAGUUAGACUAUCUUUCUUGGUGUAAAAGAAUUUGCGCUACACAAACGGAGCAAUAAAAUGUCGUAAAGUUAGAAUGACGUGGGAUUUGUAUGACAUACCUACUGGUAUAACCUAAGACUUUCCUUCGAUGGCUUAUCAGUAACGUAUUGCUGUUGAACAAUAACUGGAUGCACGUAUCACAUUAUAAAGCAUCAUCGAUCCAUUGACUUCAACGGAUUCUUUAAAUAUUAAUUCAACGAUGGAUGAUGACGAAGGAUCAGCCAGCUCUGGACCUAUGUCUUCGUUAAAUAGCUUGUUUUCAUUUACAAGCCCUGCAGUGAAGAAGCUGUUGGGUUGGAAGCAAGGUGACGAAGAGGAAAAAUGGGCUGAAAAAGCUGUAGACUCCUUAGUAAAAAAAUUAAAAAAGAGGAAGGGUGCUAUUGAGGAAUUGGAACGGGCACUGAGCUGUCCUGGUACACCCAGCAAAUGUGUCACAAUUCCAAGAAGUUUAGACGGCAGACUUCAAGUUUCACAUAGAAAAGGAUUGCCACAUGUCAUUUAUUGCCGUGUCUGGAGGUGGCCAGACUUACAAUCUCAUCAUGAACUCAAACCUCUUGAGUUGUGCCAAUAUCCAUUUUCAGCGAAACAAAAAGAAGUUUGCAUCAAUCCGUAUCAUUAUAAGAGAGUCGAGAGUCCAGUACUACCACCAGUGCUAGUACCAAGACAUUCUGAAUUUGCUCCUGGCCAUUCUCUGCUACCCUUCCAGCAACUUCCAGAGCCAUCUAUGCCACACAAUGUUUCCUAUUCGUCAAGUGGUUUUAACGCUGGAUCAACCACAGGCGUCAACCCCACUUCGCCAAUGUCCUCCGUAGGCUCGGUAGGCUCUGUUCCUAGUCCUGGAAGCACAACGUCACCAAAUCCUCAAAGUCCUUACGGUACAAACGGACUGCCAGAAACACCACCGCCAGCAUACUCGCCACCAGAAGAUGGUUCCCAGCAUGGUCAAUCUCCACCACCGGAUCCAGCAGCAAUGGAUACGGCUGGAUCAGCAGAGGUCGCACCAGUUUGCUACCAGGAACCUCCUUAUUGGGCCUCAAUCGCUUAUUACGAACUGAACUGUCGAGUUGGCGAAGUCUUUCACUGUCAAUCGCACUCCGUCAUCGUGGACGGCUUCACAAAUCCCAGCAAUAACUCUGACCGGUUUUGUCUUGGUCAACUGUCGAACGUGAACAGGAACUCAACAAUCGAGAACACGAGGCGGCACAUAGGGAAGGGCGUCCAUCUCUAUUACGUGGGGGGAGAAGUGUACGCGGAAUGUCUUUCGGACUCUGCAAUUUUCGUUCAAUCAAGAAAUUGUAACCAUCAUCAUGGAUUUCAUCCUAGUACAGUGUGUAAAAUUCCUCCCGGAUGCUCUUUGAAGAUCUUCAACAACCAGGAAUUUGCCCAGUUGUUGUCCCAGAGUGUGAACCACGGAUUUGAGGCUGUUUACGAACUCACCAAAAUGUGCACAAUCAGAAUGUCCUUUGUGAAGGGCUGGGGUGCGGAAUACCAUAGACAAGACGUCACUUCAACUCCAUGUUGGAUCGAGGCUCAUCUUCAUGGUCCUUUACAGUGGUUGGAUAAAGUUUUAACGCAAAUGGGUUCACCGCACAAUGCCAUUAGUUCGGUAUCCUAAGUGACACCUGUACUAACUUUUGGUUAGUAUAGACCUAAAUAAACUGAAAGUAACUCUUCGCGUCGAUCGUAAAUUAGGGCAGGUGGCAGCACAAUCCACAUCUCUAUUUUACCGCCAAGCGCCAGGGUCAAAUGAUGAUAUUUUACGGCAAUCCUCGAUAAUUUAAUAAAAGACAGUAUCUACAUAAGGAUACGUCUGACAUUAGUCGCGGACAGAGACUCGGAAAGGCCGAUACGAGUGCAAAUUUAGAUAUAGGGAAAACACGACAUUUAAUCAUCGACUAAUUAAAAACUCAUCAUCAUCACGUUCGAUGAUCUUUCUAUUGUGUACAGAAACAAGCCGUACACCUUUCGGCCUCUCAUUUAAGAAGAAACUUACAAUAGAUAAUAAAUUACAUUGCGCAUAUUGAGAAAUAUUUUUAAAUCUAAUUGUCUUUCGUCAUAUUUUACUGUACGGUUAUUCAGCUCAAACGCACCAACCGAAAUUAGCCCGAAAAUUUAAUUCCCUAUGAUAAAGCCAGCUUCGGUUGGUGCAUCUUAACUGAAUGAGCCAACUUACGCAUAUGUAUUGUGAUGGGCUUUUUUUCCAUGUUGCACCAAUGCACAAUCGGCGACUGAUGCACUCAAGGGUCGCUUGUGGGUUAAGUGCUUUUUGACAACAUUUUUCAUUACUAGUGCCACUCUCUUAUAACCAGCGACAUACCCGCGAAAGAAAAUUAUGGCGACAUUAAUCCUUUCCAAAGGACGGUACGAAUUAAAUAAUUCCUGCGACGCGCACUGCGACUCACGAAGACAAUAUUAUGGCGUCCAGAUUAAGACUGUUAGCUGCGGGUACUGCAUUUUCCCGGUCUUCCCAAAUAUUCUGAUAAGCGAAUUGUCCUACUAGUUAAUCGCAAUACCGUACCUUUUACGCUUAUACUUGCAACUCUAUUGUUCUCUUUCACUUCUAUGCUACUCAUCCUGACUAGACUCUUCUCAGGAUCUAUCCCAUUAACCUAGCAUAUUUUAUCGUUACAAGGGGAAUCGAACAAAGUCACCCUUGAGUGCUUAACCUGGGGCCCAUAGCCUGGAAGAAGAGGCGAAUUGUCAGGUUGCCAUUUGGCGUACGUCACAGUAUAUAUACAAUUAUUAUGCGGCCUGUCAGUGGAUGUACGUGCAAACUCGUCGCUGUAUUAAGAUUGCCUUGUUAAUACCCUUGAAAGUAUAGCGUAACAAAGAUAUAACGUUGGCGUUAAAAAGUCUUGAAAGUUCGGCCCGGGAAGCAUAUUUUGAUUUUCCAAAAAAAAAAAUUGACAAAAAUUAUUAAUUAUAAAAUUUUAAUUUCCUUGAUGGAAAUCAUACGAUUGAAUCCUAGCAUUUGUGAUGCCUUAUGUGAUGCGAAUAGGGAUGCGCACACGUACUGCCAGCGGAGUCGCAUCCAAAUUAUUGUCGUUCGCGCGACAUCAGCUUCCCGGCCAAACACGGCCUUAAAAAAAAGCUAGCGAACAGAGAUAUAAAAAAGAGAUAUAUACGUAUGUACAUACAUGGAAUUUACAGGGCUAUUCGGUUCAAAAGCACCGUCAGCGCUUUGUAGUCCACGUGGAAUCGUCUGACAGCUGUCAAAUCUGACAGGUGCAUUUGAAUCGGAUAACCUUUAUAAAUAAAAGAAAAAAGAAGAAGAAAAGUAUGAAAGUUUUAAAAUAAGUUCGCAAUGCGCAAUGCUUUGGACCAUUUGAGACAAUACGUUGAUCCAAGCGAAUUUUAAACGCUUAGACAAAUCGAAGCCUUCAUUAGAUCUAAUGAAUAUAUAUGUUAAACUCGUUUCUUCUUUUUUUUUAAUUAUCUUUUCUCUCUUUAUGUGAUCCGUGCAAAGUGUCAAUGCAUAAAACUCUUGGACGCCGAUCUCACGUUGACAGUGAACGAUAUGAAAAAAAAAAAUAAAAAAAUAAAAAUAAGGAAAACAAAAAAUAAUUGUACAAAAUGUCAACUGCGUCCAUUACGAUACGCUGAUGCGAUCCUCUUCAGCGUGAAGACAAAAUUAGAUAUAGUUUCUGUCAUACUUAAGAUACUCUGAUUCUGUACGCCACAACGUGCGCAGCGUUAUUUCUUACUUGCCGUGUAUCGAUCGCGAGCGCAUCGUGUCCUGGCGAAUCCGAUUUUUAUGCUUUAGCAAACGACAAAAAGAUAAUAAUUAAAGAGAAACGAGACGAAGUCGGAUGUGGGCGAGAGGAGAGGAGAGACGUACACGGGGUACCAGUACUCUUGGGAUAACAAUGCUCUUUACGUCAAAGCAUAUUUUUUUUUAUUUCCCCAGUCUACCCCUCUCUCCCCCACUCUCUUCUUUCUCUUUUCUCUCACUCAAAAUCUCUUGUAAACAUUGCAUCGAGUUACGUGUACAUAAAGUACGCACGUGUGUAUGUACGUAUGACUGCUUGCGUGUAUGUAAGUUCCGGGUGUUUUAGAGAAAAAGAAAAAAAAUCUAUAUUCGUGGCAAUUAUACAAUAAUAAACCGAGGAACGAAUUACGUGCCGUCUGAUGACGAUUUCAGUUUGCCGAAUUUUAUACCCAGCUGCGAUUCUUCUUUUUCUAUUUUUAAAUCCAAUUAUACAAAUUGCAUCUCGUCCUUGCCACGCGAUCAUUUCCAGAAUUAAGCAAUGACCAUUUUUACACGGCGAUCGUAUAGCUUCUCAAAUCGACGUCGAUCGUCCUGAUAACCGGUUCUACGAGGCUUCAUUUUAUCUACUAAUUCAUGAUUCUCGAUCUGUAUAUCAAUUUAAUGACUGUGACAGCAAUUUUGAUUGAACAAAGGAAUAAUCGAUAACAUCUAUAAUGUAAUUAAUA